AUGCUCGCACCCGGGCUUGUCACACUCGCUCUCGCCUCUAUCGUCUCUGCGCAUACUAUUUUCCAGCAACUUUACGUCAAUGGUGUAGACCAAGGACAUCUGACUGGCAUCCGAUAUCCAAAUUUCGACGGCCCCAUUACAGAUGUUACUUCAAACGACGUGAUCUGCAACGGCGGUCCGAACCCAUUGGUCACUCCCUUCACUACAACAAUUAUCGACAUCCCCGCUGGAGCAACCGUUACUGCGGAGUUUCAUCACACUUUGAGCGGCUAUAACCCUUCGGAUAGCUCAGAUCCGGUAGAUCCUACGCACAAGGGCCCGAUCAUGGCUUAUUUGGCAAAAGUACCGAGUGCUCUUCAGACUGAUGUCACUGGACUUGGAUGGUUCAAGAUCUUUGAAGAUGGACUGGGAUCUGAUGGAGUUUGGGCCGUUGAUAAAAUGAUUGCAAACAAGGGAAAGGUGUCAUUCACUGUUCCUUCUUGCAUAUCUGCUGGCAAUUACCUUCUUCGUGUGGAAUUAAUUGCAUUGCACGGAGCGUCAUCAUAUCCUGGUGCUCAAUUCUACAUGGAAUGCGCUCAAAUUAACAUCACUGGGGGUGGUUCUGCCUCUCCAGCCACUGUAUCCUUCCCAGGAGCUUAUUCAGGCUCGGACCCCGGCGUCCUCGUCAACAUCUACUAUCCUCCCCUUAGCACCUAUGUGAUCCCUGGACCACGACCAUUCACUUGUGGUGGAUCCAACACAAGUGUCACUCCGACAUCAUCGACGAGCUCUCGCGCCUCUAGCUCGACCUCUACUUCGAGUUCACGCUCCUCCAGUACAUCUAGCCGCGCAUCAAGUACCUCUUCGGCCGCGACUGGUACCCAGACGCUCUAUGGACAAUGCGGUGGACAGGGAUGGACUGGUCCUACGACGUGCGCCUCUGGCACGUGCAAGGCCUCCAACCAAUUCUAUAUUAUUCCAGCAAUCAAUACCAUCCAUACUUUGCGGAACAAAUGGGAUGCGGUCGCGAUCGCGAAAUGCGAACCAAAUUCAAUCAUCUCCAAGCUAUCGUCUGUGCCUGGUUCUGGUGAACGAGGUUUAUUAAGAGGGCAAGUAGGACUGCACAGCGGAAACCAACGACCUGCCCUCCUUCCUCAUCGUCCCAUGCUCGCCAAAGCACUUGCUCCAGUCCUUUUUGCCACAGCCGCUUCGGCUCAUGCUAUCUUUCAAGAGCUCUACGUGAACGGUGUCUCUGCUGGCCACAACACUGGUAUCCGUGUGCCAACCUACAACGGUCCUAUCACGGAUGUUACCUCGAACGACAUCAUUUGCAAUGGCGGUAUCAACCCGCUUGCCACUCCACUCCCAUCUGCUAUCAUCAAUGUUCCAGCCGGUGCAACUCUUACCGCCGAAUGGCAUCAUGGAGGAAACGGAGCGGAUCCCAGCGAUGCAUCCGAUCCAAUCGACCCAUCACACAAGGGUCCUCUUAUGGCUUACCUUGCCAAGGUUGACAACGCCUUGACGACGACGGUCACCGGUCUCAAGUGGUUCAAGAUUUAUGAGGACGGGCUUACCGGCACCACUUGGGCCGUCGACAAAAUGAUUGCGAACAAGGGAAAGCAUUCCUUUACCGUUCCAUCCUGCAUCCCCCCUGGCAAUUACCUCCUUCGUGUGGAGUUGAUCGCAUUGCACGGUGCCUCAUCAUAUCCUGGUGCCCAAUUUUACAUGGAAUGCGCCCAAAUUAACAUCACCGGGGGUGGAUCUGCCUCUCCACCUACUGUCUCCUUCCCAGGAGCUUAUUCAGGUUCUGAUCCCGGCAUUCUCGUCAACAUCUACUACCCUCCCCUUAGCACCUAUGUGAUCCCUGGACCACGACCAUUCACUUGUGGUGGAUCCAACACGAGUGUCACUCCGACGUCGUCCACAAGCUCUCGCGCCUCGAGCUCGACUUCCAGCUCGAGUUCACGCUCCUCCAGCACAUCCAGCUCAAGUUCACGCUCCUCCAGCACAUCCAGCCGCGCAUCAAGUACCUCUUCGGCCGCAACUGGUACUCAGACGCUUUAUGGACAAUGCGGUGGCCAAGGAUGGACAGGCCCGACGACCUGUGCUUCUGGCACGUGCAAGGUAUCGAACCAAUUCUAUUCUCAGUGUCUUCCUUGA